AUGGAACUGGGCAUCGACACACGAGCUCCCGUCCAGCUGUACGGCGACAACCAAGGUGCUAUUGCUCUCGCCAAGAACCCCACCCUUCACCACCGGUCCCGUCACAUUCACAUUCGUGAGCACUUUGUACGCGACCAGGUCAGGCUGGGCACCAUCCAAGUCGACUAUGUGGACACGAAAACCAUGGUCGCCGACAUCUUCACCAAGGCACUUGGACCCUUGGUGUUCAAGGUACAUCGUGACAACCUGGGUCUUCGAGGCUAA